AGCCGCGCGCCUCUUCUCUCGAUUCGCCUCUGAACAUGAUAAGAACCUUCCAGAACCUUCUGCAACCACCCCACCGACCCCACCGCGCUUCUACUUCUCUCUGCCGAUUCUGCAGCCGCGCUUCGGCCCCGCCGUCGCCCGCCGGCGCCGGCGACAUCUUCCACUGGAACUCCGCCAUCACCGCCCACCUCCGCGCCGGCAGGGUGGCCGCCGCGCGCCGCCUGUUCGACGAAAUGCCGGAGCGGAACGUGUUCACGUGGAACUGCAUGAUCUCCGGCCUCGUGGGGAACCGGAUGCUCGCGGACGCGCGGAGGGCGUUCGACGCGAUGCCCGCGAGGAACUCGGUCUCCUGGGCGGCGCUGCUGACGGGGUACGCUCGGCACGGGAGGGUCGCCGAGGCCAGGGAGCUCUUCGAUCGGAUGCCGGACCGCAACGUGGUCUCCUGGAACGCGAUGAUGUCAGGGAGGCGGCGCGUCCGCGAGGCGAGGGAGCUCUUUGACUGCGCGCCUUCCCCGUCGACUUCUGUGUGCAACGCGUUGCUGUCGGGUUACGUCGCGCUUGGUUGCAUGAAGGACGCCGAGGAGCUGUUUGGUCGGAUGCGGAGACGGGACCCUGUCUCGUGGAAUGUUAUGAUCACUGGCCAUGCGCGGGCUGGGAGGAUGCAGGUUGCGCAGAGCCUGUUCGAUGAGAUGCCGCAGAAGGACACCAUAUCUUGGACCGCCAUUAUGCGCGGGUAUCUGCAGAAUGGAGACGUCGACGCUUCAUGGAAGGUGUUCCAGGAAAUGCCUGAUCGGGAUGCUGUUGCUUGGAACACAAUGAUCGGUGGUUUUGUGCAGAGCGAGAGGGUGGAUGAUGCCUUGAGAUUGUUUGCUGAGAUGCCAGAUAGGGAUCUGGUAUCCUGGAAUACAAUCUUGCAGGGCUAUGUUCAAAAUGGGGACAUGGAUGGCGCAAACACUUGGUUUAGAAGAAUGCCAGAGAAAGAUGAAACCUCGUGGAACACAUUGAUUUCCGGGUACAAAGAUGAAGGAGCACUAGCUUUGCUGUCAGAAAUGAUCAGAGGAGGACUCAGGCCGGACCAAGCCACAUUGAGUGUCGUCAUUUCUAUCUGCGCCUCACUUGUUGCACUCGGAUGUGGAAAAAUGGUGCAUCUCCGUGCAGUCAAAACUGGCUUUGAGCACGAUGCUUUGGUGAUGAGCUCACUUAUAUCUAUGUACUCCAAGUGCGGUCUAAUUGCUGAAGCUUCCCAAGUUUUCGAUGCGAUGGUGCAGCGAGAUACAGUGACAUGGAAUGCCAUGAUUGCGACGUAUGCUUAUCAUGGUAUGGCUGCUGAAGCUCUGAAACUCUUUCACAGGAUGACUGAAGAUGGGUUUCGUCCAGACCAUGCAACAUUUCUAAGUGUAUUGUCUGCUUGUGCACACAAAGGCUAUUUAUAUGAAGGUUGUCGCUAUUUUAAAAGUAUGCAAGAAGAUUGGAACUUGAUUCCGAGAUCUGAUCACUAUUCCUGUAUGGUUGAUCUCCUAGGAAGAUCGGGUUUUACACAGCAGGCUUAUGCCUUCACAAGAACGAUCCCAUCGGACCUUCAAGUAAAUGCGUGGGAGACACUGUUUAGCGCAUGCAAUGCUCAUGGGGAUGUUCAGCUUGGAGAAGUCAUUGCAAAUAAUGUCCUUCAGGCGCAACCUUCUGAUGGAGGAAUGUAUACACUAUUGUCAAACUUAUAUGCUGCAAAAGAGAUGUGGAGCAGUGCUGCCACUAUUAGAGGAUUCAUGAAAGAACAGGGGUUAAAGAAGGAAACUGGGUGUAGUUGGGUUGAGCUGAAGGGAGAGGUUGCUUCCUUCUCAGCAAAUGACAAAACACAUCCCCUGAUUGAUCAGAUAUGCCAAGAGGUUGAUAAUCUUUCUGUCAUGAUAGAAGAGGCUACGUGA